AUAUUAAGGAUCAUGGUCUUGUCUUCGGUGCACUCAAUUUCUUGGGUGCAUUCAAUGCACUCGUCUCAUAUUUGCCAUUUCAAGCAUGCGAUUCAUGUCAAAAUGGUAUCUGCCAUAACUUGUGAUAUGAUCAACAAGAAGAAAACACAUGAAUUUACAACAACAACAACAACAACAAAAUUCAUUCAAGAUGUACUUCAAUUUGAAGGAUCGAGGAUUUAGAGAUUUAGGGUUCGGGUUAGGAUUUAUAAGUUGAGAUUUUGGAUUUGUGUUCAAAAUUGAAGGUUUAGAGGUUAGGACAAUGAAUUGAUUGGUUGUGAUCAUAUGUCGUAUCAACAUAUUAGACUAAUGCUACCAAUAAAAUCCAAAAUUCGAUGUCUUCAAGUUACUAUUAGAGUUUGGUGCAUUGUACAACCAAAUUUAUAGAGGUGUUUGAUUGUAAAUUCAUAAUAUGAGUCAUUUCAAACAUUAGUUACAAGUCCAUUACAAAAGCAAAAUUAUGCUGACUAUUUUGCUAGUAUCCCAAAGUACAGUGACUGCCCAUGCAAUUGACCCACAAAAGGCAAGUCAGCAACUACCAGCACAUUCCAUGGACGAUAUUAAACGGAAUCUACCGGCCCGCCACCGAGAUUCACGCCGUCAAAUAACGCCGAUCACCCGUCUCCCCCUCUUUCUUUCCCCCAAAAAGAAGUUCUCUCGCCGUCAUCCCAGCCUGCCGUUUCCUUCCUUCUUCCCUUCGAACAAAGAAAACGGAAAGAAAAAAAGGAAAAAAUAUCCCAUUCCCUGUUGCCAGCUAAUUAGGCGCAAAAAUCCAAUCCAAUUGUGGAUUAAGGCGGCAAAUCGAAGCAGGGAAGGGAUUAAAGAAUCCUCCCCGGCCGGCGAUUAAUCGAAAUUACCCAAAAGCAAGCAGCUAACGUCGGCAGAUCCCAUUCUCGCUUUCCGUAGGUCAUAUAACAUAAAAAGCUUUACGAAACGCUUAUUUUUCUGCCCAACGCGCCAAAAAGUAUUUCUCUCCUCCUCCACCGCCGCCGCCGCCGCCCGUUCCUUCUUCCGCCUCGCUGCUUCUAGCUCUCCCGUCUUGCCCUCGCCGGCGUUCGUUUCUAUGGCCGGGAGCUGCUGAGUGAGGCGAGAAAGGGGGGGAAGGCGAGAGGAGAAACCGAGGCGGUUGGGAGGGAGAGUUUUUUCAGCUUCUCUCUCCGGUAAUGGAGGAGCAGCCGUUGAAACGGGCCUUGUUGGACGCUAGUGCGGGGGCGAUCGCCGGCGGGAUAUCUCGUACGGUUACUUCGCCUCUUGAUGUCAUCAAAAUCAGAUUCCAGGUUCAAUUGGAGCCAACGACAUCAUGGGCCUUGCUCAAUAGAAAUCUGGCUGCUCCAUCCAAGUAUACAGGAAUGCUGCAAGCAAGCAAGGAUAUAUUCAGAGAAGAAGGCUUAGCGGGUUUUUGGCGUGGUAAUGUUCCAGCUCUGCUCAUGGUUAUGCCGUACACUGCCAUACAAUUUGCUGUGCUACACAAGAUAAAAUCAUUUGCAGCUGGUUCCUCCAAGACAGCCGAUCACAUUCAUUUGAGCCCAUAUUUGUCCUAUGUAAGUGGCGCUUUGGCGGGAUGCGCAGCUACUGUGGGAUCAUAUCCAUUUGAUCUUCUUCGCACCAUAUUAGCUUCUCAAGGAGAACCCAAGGUGUAUCCAACGAUGAGAUCUGCAUUUGUCGACAUUGUCAAAGCUCGUGGUUUUAAAGGCUUAUAUGCAGGAUUAUCCCCAACACUGGUCGAGAUUGUCCCUUAUGCAGGACUCCAGUUUGGUACAUAUGAUACAUUCAAGCGCUGGGCCAUGACUUGGAAUCAUUCUAGAGCUGGCAACAUGACAACUGCAGACAAUGAUAACCUCUCUAGCUUCCAACUUUUUAUUUGCGGCAUAGCUGCUGGGACGUGCGCUAAACUUGUCUGCCAUCCUCUUGAUGUUGUCAAGAAAAGAUUCCAGAUCGAAGGACUUCAGAGGCACCCGAAAUAUGGUGCCAGAGUCGAGCACAGUUCGUACAAAAACAUGUUUGAUGCCCUGCGCCAGAUCGUGCUGGCAGAAGGCUGGGCUGGUCUGUACAAGGGGAUCGUCCCCUCGACCGUCAAGGCUGCUCCUGCCGGUGCUGUAACAUUUGUGGCUUAUGAAAUGACGUCAGACUGGCUAGAAUCUAUUUGGACUUGAAUCUGGAAUCUGGAUAAACAAGAUUGAUUUUUUUUGGUUAUUGUGCUUCUUGACGCAGAAUUUUAGGCAGUGUACCAUUCAUUUUUGUUUCCAUAUUAACGCAAGAAAAGGCAUGCCUCAGCCUCACCCCAAGAAGGGAGUUUACAUUAGUAUUCUUUCUUUUGCUUAGUCAAUAUUAUAGGGAUUUUGACAGUGCAUAGGACAAUUGUAAAAUCGCUUAUGCAAGCUGUAAUAAAAUCAUAUCGACUUG